AGAAAUGUCAUGUUUCCUACGAAAAUCGCUUAGGAUGAGGGGAUUGUCAUCGUUUCUGCACAAACUUAUCGGAAACUCGUCGGAGUUGCAUCACAUUCUCUCUUCGUCAACGUGUCGCCACUUGUCACAUUCCUUUAACCACAAGACCAGCUACUUUCACGGGCCUCAGCGCCCUCGCUUUUGGGCUUCUGAAGCCGCCGCCACUGAACCCUCAACCUCGGACGGGCUCACGGUGCAAGGAAUUCUAGCCCAUAAUUGGACCAUUCUUGACGAAAACGACAGCGAUUGGAAGAGUCAUGCCACCGCCAUAGCUCAAUCCAUUCAUUUAAUCAAACGGUGGUUACAGUGGAGGAAAUUGAAAGUGAGGUUGGGUUUGUUAUCGGCGGAGCUGAAUAAAGCAGAGCUUUGGGAUGAUCCGGUGCAUGCUGGAAAAAUAAGCCGAGAGCAUGGUUCGCUACUGGGAAAAAUGAAAGAGGUAAAUGCGUUGGAGGAAGAUUUACUUGAGCAUAUUGACAUGAUCAAGCUUGCUCGUGAAGAAAAUGAUGCAGAUUUGGAAUCGGAAUCAUUGAAAGUGUUGCAUAGCAUGAGAAGAAGUGCAAAAGAGAAAGAACUAGAGGCAUUGCUUUCUGGGGAGCAAGAUUCUUGUUCUUGCUACAUUGAGGUUCAAGCUGGGGCUGGGGGUACUGAGAGCAUGGACUGGGCUGCAAUGGUUAUGCAGAUGUAUAAGUCAUGGGCCCAGCAACGAGGAUAUAAAGUAACCGUAAUGGACGAAAUGCCUGGUGAGCUUGCAGGAAUCAAGCGAGCUACCAUCAAAGUAGAUGGUGAGUUUGCAUUUGGAUAUGCCAAAGCAGAAGUAGGAGUGCACAGGUUGGUGCGGAUAUCACCCUUUGACAGUAAUAAGCGCCGGCAUACUUCAUUUGCUGCUGUGGCAGUUAUUCCAAUUCUUGAUGAUGGAUCUACCCAUGUACAAAUUAAUGAAUCUGAUCUUCGAAUUGAACGAUUUCGGGCUGGUGGCGCUGGUGGCCAACAUGUUAACACAACUGAGAGUGCUGUAAGAAUAAUUCAUAUUCCUACAGGAGUUACUGCAACUUGUCAGAAUGAAAGAUCACAACAUCAGAAUAAGGCUUCAGCAAUGGCUGUGCUUCAGUCGAGAUUAGACCAACUGGAGAUGGCACGUCAGGCUAAGUUGAAUGCACAGCAUACACAAUCUCUCACUGACAUUACUUGGGGCAGUCAGAUUCGUAGUUAUGUGCUUCAUCCUUACCGUAUGGUGAAAGAUCUUAGAACUAACUAUGAGGUUUCAGAUCCUGACUCUGUCCUUGAGGGAGAUAUAGACGGUUUCAUCCUGAGCUAUCUAUCAGCUUCUUUGGAUAAAGACGAAGAUGCUGCUUAAAUCAAUCAAAUUCCCAGACUAUGGCAGCUUAUUGCAUACAUUUUCAGCGUCUGAGGUAGUCAAAGUUACUGUCAUUCCUCGCCAAGGUCUAUUGGAAUACAAGGAAGCAUAAUUUUUUGGUGAACACAUGAUCAUUAUUCCUUCCGUACGGGGAGCCAUAUUAGGUUGUCAAUUAUUUGCAGUAACAAAUAAAUGUAUACAUACCGCUUAGUAUUGACUAUGGAAGUAUGAAGCUUAAAAGCAUGAUUUUAGUGGCAUGCAUCCAACUCUUCUCAAGGAAUUAUGAUCAUGUAAUUUUUUGUAAUUUAUUUUUAAAAUCAUGACUCAUGGACGAAAAAGUUAGCAUCUAAAUCCAAUGAAGCUUCCAUUUUUCUAC